AACGAGACUUUCCGAAUGCUCACGAGUCACGAUUAAAUUCAACAUGGCGGAUUUGAGUGCUUAUAGAGAUCAACGUUUUAAGGGUUCAAGGGGUGAACAGGAGGCAAAAUUAGAAACUACGUGCACACUUUAUGUCGGAAAUUUGGCAUUUUUCACAACAGAAGAACAAAUUUAUGAACUGUUUUCAAAAGCAGGAGAAAUCAAUCGGAUAAUAAUGGGCCUUGAUAGGCAUAAAAAGACACCAUGUGGUUUUUGCUUUGUUGAAUAUUAUGAACGUGAAGAUGCCGCAAAUGCAACACGAUAUAUCAAUGGAACAAGACUUGAUGAUAGAAUCAUAAGAACUGACUGGGAUGCAGGGUUUGAAGAGGGUAGACAAUAUGGAAGGGGAAAGUCAGGAGGACAAAUACGUGACGAGUAUAGAGAUAAAGAAGAUCCAGGUCGAGGCGGUAGCAGGGCUUCAAUAGAAAUUACAACACCAUAAGUGAAACACAUUCUCAGAAAGAACUGUUGCAAACUGUAAUGAAUUCGGAUUUUCAUCUGUACUCCCAUUCUCAUAUUCUGUAAAUUUUUUUAUGUAUAAUACAUAUCAUAUAUGCAA